AUGGAGAUUGAAGUGGCUCAACCUGAAGUUGAACUCAACCUUCUUGUACCUGGAGUCAACGAACAUGGUCAAGAUCAACCAGUUGAUGUCUUCAGUCACCAAGAAUUCCUCGACUACCUCGACAACAUCAACAACGCAGAAGCCAACGGCGAUGCCGCAGUUGAAAACGGAGGUGAAGCUGAAGCUGUAGCCGAAGUUAUCAAUGAAGGUGGAGCUGAAGGUGAAGCUGCCCAACAAGUUGUGGAAGCCGCUCCCCAAAGACCUCUCCAGCGUCCUCGAAUCCAGGAUCGUCCCGCGGAAACCGUAAACUUUCCUUAUUUUGAUUUUUUAUAUAUGUCUAGGAACCCGGGAAAAUUCCCAAAUUCUUUAAAAAAGGUGGCCAACCUGAAUCCAUAUUACUGGGUUAAGACUAGAAAUGAAAACAUUUUGACAGUCCCUAGUAGGGGAACUGUAACUGCACGUCAAAAUAUAGAACCGAAAACGCGUGUGGCAUUUCGUCCUCCAUACUCAUGAAAUAGAAAAGCGCUUGCUUUUCGUGAGAGCGAAUAGACGAAAAAGGAAACGAAAGAGUGAAAAACGGAGAGACCACCCACGUGGUCGUAAAGAGAGCGGUUAGACAUUUUCUUUUUCGCCGAGAUUUUGGAGUUUUUUUGGAAAUAGUGAUAAGUUUAAACUUGUUAUAUUAAGUAUAAUAUAACAAUUUAAAAAUUUUUUUUGUAAAAAUUGUUAAAUAACACCAUAAACUUGGUCUUAAAAACUUUUUUUAAAUUUUUUAAAAGCUAAAUAGCCGAGUUUUCGUUCUCGAUAUAUUGGUUGCGGAAUGUCAAAUACAGUUUCAAGUUUUUUGUUUUAUUUUCUUUUGACGUGAACUGCUGUGUUGCAAAAUUUCUGUAUAGUUGAGAUAGAAAGUAGAGGUAGAAGAGAAAUCCUUCUAUUCGGUUCCAAAACCAAUGGACCCGCCCCUCUAGGGCCAGGUGCCACCGUGGAGGUACGUCGUGAUUUCCGAAAGGGUCUGUCUACACUCCGAAAAGGUCUACAGGAGAAAAAAGGUCUACAAAUCGAAAAGUUCUACACCCGAAAAGGUCUACAAUAA